CUUUCACAUUUCCUGACUAUAAGACUUUGCUUCGACUCAGAUUUCCUGGCACUAUCUGGAAUACGAUCGUUUGGACGUUUUCUGUGACUUUAUAUAUUCGGAUUUCAAGGUAAAAUUCACAAGAGCGUCAUUUCCUUGCAAAGUAAGAACAUGUUGAACAAUCAGGUUUUCAGAGUGAGCAGUAUGGCCAGCAUAUCGUCGUUCAAUGACCUGUUUGGAACUGAUCCGUUCCUGUUUGGUGACGAAGACCCACUAGCGAAUGGUCUGGAAAACUCUGCUGACUAUGUGGACAGUCAGUCAUCUCACAUGGAUGUGAAUAAUGGGGUUUGUAGUGCACCAGAGGAAAUGAAGCAGUCACCAGUAUAUGAAGAGUUGUGUGACUUCACAGUUGCGAGUGAUUGUUCAGACAGCACCCUACCACCUGCCUGUGUAGAGAAGAAGCAUAAGGGCAAGAUAAAGCUGAAGGACGAGCAGCUAGAUCUGCAGUGUGGAUGGCGGGACUGUGAUCACCGCACCAGCAAUCUUGACCAAUUUGUGCGCCACGUCAGCUUCCACUUACCGCACCUAGAGGUCAAACUGAAGAAUGAUCAGGAAGGUGUAUAUGUCUGUUUGUGGGAGCAGUGUGGUUUUGAAUGUGCAGACUCCAAUGAGAUAACAAGACACGUCAAUUUCCAUUCAUAUCAUACCAAAUUAAAGUGCAUUGGGUCAAAUAUUUUGGCUCGUUCAGGACUACCAAUUUGCACAUUGCAAGUUGCUGGGAAGAAAGUGGUGCCAGACUUGCCACAUGCAUUUGAAUGCUGCUGGCAAACCUGCGAGGAAACAUUCAGCAGUCCACAGUUCUACUUCAACCAUGUUGACAUGCAUGUCUAUUGCAACCCACGUGGUAGAAAAGUGAAAGGUGUUCCAUGCCAGUGGCGUGGGUGCAUGUCGAAGUCUACCUACCAAUCGGUAUACAAGCUGGCAGACCACAUUAGAAUCCAUACAAAAGAGAAACUUGUGGGUUGUCCAGUAUGUGGUGGGCUCUUUGCAAACAGAACAAAGUUCUCUUACCACUGCAAGCAUCAGGUUCCCUUAGAAUUGCAAGGUCCGUCUGGGGAACUGGUGCAGAAACAGAUAAUUAAGGCACAGAACCGCCACAAAUGCCCCUUCUGUGGCCAGUCUUUCUCGUGUCCAUCAAACCUUUGCGUGCACAUUCGGUACAGGCACCUGGAUAGCAGGCCGUUCAGAUGCAGCUUUUGUGUAUAUAGAGCCAAGACACACUGGGACAUGAAGCGGCACUUGAACAAACACUGCCCUAACCCACUUUACCACUGUGUGGAGGAACAGUGCAAUUUCUCAUGUCGCAGCGCUUAUGGGCUUCGCAGGCAUUAUGAGAAGCACCACCUUGGAUGUGAUCAGCCGCAGUACUGCUGCCACAUAUGUGACAGCCUGUUCCGACGUGGCUCCCUGCUCACGCACCACCUUUAUAUUAAGCACAGCAUCUGCCAGCCGUCAGGCCAGUACAGAUUCAGGUACAAGCAAGAUGAAGAUGGCUUGUUUCGGCUUCUGACAGUGGACACCAGACCCAAGAAAGUGACCCAGAAUGCCAGCCAACCAUUGUGCAGCAAAGAGGAUGACCCCCUGAAACAGAAAGCUGGAGGAGGCGAGGUUAUCGUCUCUAUGAUAGAAUAUGAUGACAAGGAGACCGUUGUGUCCAGUGAAGAUACAGAAACUACCAAAUUAUAUAGCCUGCCCCCAGGAAGUUAUAAACUCCUAGAAGCUUUAAGUUUUAUAGAGUGAACUGUUUAUUCCCCUCUUAUGGUUGUCAUUCUUGUAGUUCUGUACUAGACUGUGUAAUUGAAUGUCAUAGUAAUAAAGAUUUUUUUUCUUUCCAUGCAGCCUUAUUAAUAUCUCACAGUUCUUCUCUAACUUCUGAGUUAUUUUUCUGUAUCUGAAUCAGUUCGUAUUUCGCCAGAUCAUUUAUUGUCUUAUAAUCUGUGCUUUAUUCAUGUCUUCAUUUCCAUAAAUGUUUAUCAGUAUGUUAAUGCCUGUGGAUAUUCAUCAGUUUUACUGACAAAUUACUCCUAAUUCUCUGUAUUCUGCCUCUUUGGUAAAGAAACAAGAUGUUACUUUAUGAUUUUACAGAGUAAAAGCAUGAAGAGCAGCUUGUGUUUUAUACCCCUUAUACACAGUAUUACAGAAGUAGAGCUCAGACCCUAAUGAAGACCAAAUAAUCCAUUUCAGGUUUCUGUGUUGAGAGUGUAGGAAUGUUAUAUUGAGAUAUAAAACUUUGUGAACACUGGGUGAUAUACAUGUAUACCCCGUGUGUAAAAUGUGGCUUGUGUAUCCCAAAUUACUAUUAUUAUUUCUAAUGGCCUGUUUUUUGUACCUAGUGUGGAAUAUUAUUACAUAUUACAGAUGCACCAGACCCACAACAGGUGCAAGGAAAAGUAACCUAUAAAAGAUUUUAUAAGCAUUUUAAAUUACUCAUAAAAUGCAGAAUACAACCGAGUAAGAACAGAGCAGCAGUUUUCAUCUACAAUCUUAUAUACCUGAUGAUGGUCAUUUAGGCCUAAACAUGUAGUGUAAAAUAAAUAAUAAGAAGACACAAAGCUCAUUGAAAUGUAAAUUCAAUAUAUGGAUGGAACUGCACAGAGAUGAAGUGAGAAUCCUAAAAUUGGAAUUUAUAACUAUAUGUUUUUUGCAUCCUGAGGUUGAAAUAUUAAUGCAACCUUGCCAAUAAACACACUAAAGAUAUAGUUGCUUCAGUUUGUGUAACAAUAAAAAUAAUUCCAAUGAGGCAUUAAACUCACACCUCAGAACUCAAAUGCAGUCUGUACCAGUGAACUGUUUAUCUGCAUGCAGGCUGCUAAAUGUUCAAUGAUUACAUCCAGUUUCUCAGUUAAAUAGUAUUCUAAUGCUAUUUACCUACAGGAGAUCAGUAGAAUUUCCAUGAACUAACAGUUGGAAAAUUCAUAUACAACAAUUAUACAAAUCUGUUUGGACUGAAAAACACUUCUGGCUUUGAAAAUACAAGCAGAAACCCAUGCCAGAACAAAACAAUGAGGGAUAGGGAAGAGCAGGUAUGAAGGAAGGCAAAACAGCAAAGUCUCGUAUGACAAAAUAUAAGGAAAAUAAAACUAAAAACAUCUGCCGCAUAUACAUGAUGAAGGCAACAUUGUUUUCAGAGGAAUUAUACAGAAUGGAGAACCAAAAGUAUACGAACACUAAUAACUAUAAUAUACAUGCUGUGGAUGAUUGAUAUGUCAUCACAGAACCCUGGAAACACCUUGUUUUUUUGUGUCAUUUAAUGAUGCUGUCAACAUGUAGAAAACAGCUUCAGAUGGUAGGGUGACA